UGCGUGGGUAAGCGAGUGUGUAGUAGAGGAGCUGCCGCGGUGCUAUUUAACAGAGAGCCGAGGAGACCUCAGACAGGACGAAGCAUUGCUCGGCAAACAGGAGCGAUUUCAGCACCGGGACAGCGACUCGUAGCUCAAAGAAACUAACUUCCUACCAUCCACCAUGGUUCUCAUCUGGACCCAGUUCGGUGUUAAGCACAAAAAUGUCAAUGUCAAGUGCAAAGUGCGAGUUAUGCACAGAGGGGACAGCUCAGGCUCAUCAUCAGCGGAAAGCACCAAGUCUGAGCAGGAUGUGCCCUGCCUAGCCAUCAAACCCACAGGCAAGGACUUCUAUAAAGUCCUGGGUGUCUCACCUGAAUCCAAUGAAGAUGAGAUCAAGAAGGCCUACAGGAAGAUGGCUCUCAAGUACCACCCAGACAAGAACAGCGAUGCGGAUGCAGAGGACAAGUUCAAAGAGAUUGCAGAGGCCUACGAGAUCCUGACUGACCCCAAAAGGAGGGGCAUCUAUGACCAGUUUGGAGAAGAAGGUCUUAAAAAUAGAAUGUCAAUGGCGGGCCAAGGCAACGUUUUCCGCAAUAAUUUCCACACCGACCCCCACGCCACCUUCUCCUCCUUCUUCCAUGGCACCGACCACUUUGACAUCUUUGGCAACGACGUUGACGGCGAAGAUGAGCUCUUCAACCCCUUCCGACGAUUCCCCUUCAGCCACGUUGGCGGGUUCUCUGGCUGCGAGGGCGGGCUGCGAAGAGGCCAGCGCCGGCUGCAGGGCGAUGAGGUGGUGCAUGACCUGCUGGUCACCCUAGAGGAGGUGAUGCAAGGUUGCACCAAGCAUGUGAAGAUCACCCGCAGCCGCCUCAACCCUGACGGCCGCAGCCUGCGAUCCGAGGAAAAGGUGCUUAAUGUGGUGGUGAAGAAAGGCUGGAAAGCGGGGACUAAAAUCACCUUCCCCAGGGAGGGAGAUGAGACGCCCAACAACACCCCUGCAGACAUCACCUUCAUUCUCAGGGACAAGGAGCACACGCAGUACAAGAGAGACGGCUCCAACAUCGUCUUCACUGCCCAGAUCACACUCAAGGAGGCUCUCUGUGGCUGCACAGUUAAUGUCCCAACACUUGACAACCGGAUGAUGCCUCUACCAUGCAGCGAUGUUAUCAAACCAGGUGCUGUCCGCCGGCUAAGGGGCGAAGGUCUGCCCAUGCCCAAGAGCCCGUCCCAGCGAGGCGACUUGGUGGUGGAGUUCCAGGUGCUCUUCCCCGACAGGAUCCCACCACAGUCCCGCGAGAUCAUCAAGCACAGCCUGGCCCAGUGCUAGCCUGCCUUUAUUUAGGGACCUGAUUGACACAGCUUCACCGUGUGUGUAUGUUGUUAUCAAUUCACAAACAGCCUUGCCCAAGGUGCUAAUACCACAACCAAUCGCAGCCUCUUGUUGUGUGUGGAAGUGGCAAGCAAUGAGUUGUAGUUCGGUGUGGAGAUGACUUUCUGCAGGCAUGACGUACAACAACUAUGAUGCCACAUGGAGCAGUGAGUUUAGAACUAAUGAAUGGGGUCUUUGGUAUCUGAGGGCGUCCAUUGACUUAAUAACCUUUCUCUUGAAUGAAAAGGUUAUCUGUAGGCUACUGUUAUACCUGCAAACCUAUAGCAGGAUAUCAGUGAGCUAUUCAAGUCUGUAUAGACUUCCUUAAACCUGAAUGGUAGAAACACAUGAAGAAAGAACAACUUUAUUGUAGUUAUAUGGUGCUCAUAUGACUGAUCUUUUGCAUUGAUUUAUUACAAUAGCAAAAUGUACUUGUGUACAAGGAUCUACUUUGUGUACGAAAUGAAAAAUAUUGUCUCUAAGAGAGAUUCAUCGGUCAAAUGUUCUAUUGAAUUAUUUGAAAUGUUUGUAUAUAUUCUGUAAUGAUGUAUUACUACCUGAUAUAGACAUGUUUGGAAGCAUGGACAAUAAAGUAAAAAUUAAAAUCCUACAAUU